AUGAGAUAAAAUAUUUCAUUUCAACCAUAAACAGAUGACAAAAAUGUUUUUCAAUCUAAUUCUUCCAAUGUAUAUGGCACAGGCAGAUUUGGAGAUAUUAGACCAAAAAAUAUUACAUUUUAAGGUAAUGACAGUUAACAUAACAUGAUUUUUGAUCCAAAUAAGGUUUAAUCAUCUUAACAUAUGACAUUCUAUAAAUAAAAUGAUAGUAGUAGAUAAUCAGGAGCUAAAAUAGGAUCUUAAAUAGAUUCAUAACAAAAAGGAUUUGCAUUUUCAUAAAGUCCAAAUCCAUUUUAUUAAUAAUCAGAACCUUAAGAAAAAUAAUAAUUUAGUAGUUAAGGAUCUGAGAAAAAGAAAGGAGCAUCUGAUAAGUAUUUUAAAAAUGGAAAUCAUUAAUAUUAGUUUUAAAAUAAAAAUUAUCAAUAAACAAAUUCUGAAGAGAGAACUUGUGAAUAACAUGGAAAUAUAGCUAAAUUUAUUUGUACAACUGUUGGAUGUUUAGUUGGAGGUUUAUGUGAAGAAUGUUAACAUUAAUGUCCUAAUAUAACUGAUAUUGAAGAUUAUUUUAGAGUUUUAGAAUUGAAAUUAGCAAAUUAAUAAUUAGAUGUAAUAUAAAAUGAAAAAUUUAAAUCUCUUUCUUCAAUUAGAGAUUAUUUUAAUUAAAUUAGAUAAGAAAUAAUAAAUUAAAUAGAUGAAUUAGAAAUCAAAUUUAUUACUAAAGUUAUUAAUGAAACUAGUUUUAAUAUUGAAUUACCUCAUUAAUUUGUUUAAGAGUUAUUUGAAACAAAUUUAAUAGAUCUUACUAAAUAAACUUCAUAACUCUCAAAACUUAUAUAUAAUGAUUAUUUAAAAGUUUCUGAAUUUAGUAAGAUCUUUGUUUCCGAUUAAAGUAGAUUCCAAAAAAAGUUAUUAAAGAAUGUUUAAUUACUAAAUUAAUUAUUUAGUAAUUUUAUAUAUUGUUGUGAAUAAUAGGUUUAUAGUAUUAUAAAUAUUUUAGCUAUUAAAUUGUGUAAUAGAUAAUUCAGAAUUAAAUCUAUAAUUAAUUGAUUAAUAAUCAUAGUUUCAUUAAAGUAAAACAUAUGAAAAUCAAAUGAAAAAUUUGAAAUCAUAUAAAACAAUAUAAAAUAAAUCUAAAAAUAUUGCUGAUAUUUGUUUAAUAUCAAAUUCUAUGUUAGCUUCAGCAGAAGAAAAUGGUGAAAUAACUCUUUGGAAAUUACCUUAUUUUGUUUAAUUACAUAAAUUUUAACAUGGUGUUGAAUGUAUAUCAUUAGCUGCAAUUAAAGAUAAUUAAAAUACAUAAUUUCUUUUAAGCGCGUAAAAAUUCAAUUUUAUAUUAGAGGCAAAGAUAAAGAUGAAUAUUAAAUUUAUUUAUGGAAUGUGGAUUUAAGAUCUAGAGUAGGUGAUGUAAUUGGUCAUUCUAAAUAAUUAAGAAAAAUUGUGCCUUUGUCUUAUUCAUAAAUUGCCUGGUGUUAAGAUGAUUCAAAAAUAAGAAUCUGGAAAUUAAAUGAAAAAGAGUUAGCACAUGAACUUAAUGUUCAUUCUGCUUGGAUUAAUGAUUUAUGUAAAAUAUCAAGAACUUAAAUUGCUUCUUGUAGUAGAGAUUAUACUGUAGCUGUAAUAGAUUAUCUAACUGGAAAAACUAAAUUUAUUAUUAAAGAUGUCACUUAUGUAAAUUGUGUUACAUCAAUCAAUAGUGAAUUAUUUGCAUUUGCUAAUUAUAAUGGUUAAGUAAAAAUUUAUUAAGUUGAAUAACCAUAAUUAAUAUAAUAGAUAUAAGUAUCCAUGAAUUGGAUUGAAACUAAUAGCAUUUGGUAUUUAUGUAGAAUUAGUAAUGAUAUUCUAGCCGUAUAAUAGGCAAAUGGUGAGACAAAUAUCAUUGCUCUUGAUUAAAGAAAAGAAAAAAUUAUCAAAACUAUUUAAUAAACAAAGAACACAAAAUAGAAUGCCCAAACUAUGAUGUUCAUUAACAACUUCAAAUUUCUAGUAAUACCUCAACAAGGAGAAAUGUAAGUUUUCCAAUGA